AUGGCCGACGAAGCCGCAAAGACACAGAGCCAGGGGGAGUUCAUCCUCUACACGACCCUGAGGAUCAUUGGCGUGCUUGCAUCCAUCUACCUUUUCUUGAUGGGUCUGGACAUGAUGGGUAGCUCCUUCCUGGUUUUGGGUGGCAAAGGUGCAGGCGAAUUGUUCACGAUCACGGACAACCCUAUCACAGGCCUCAUGGUGGGCAUCUUGGCGACCGUCUUGGUCCAGUCUUCCUCCACGAGUACGUCGAUCGUGGUUGGUCUGGUCGGCGCUGGACAGGUGAGCGUCGGCAAUGCGAUCCCGAUUAUCAUGGGCGCGAACAUGGGAACAUCCGUCACGAACACCAUUGUGUCCAUGGCGCAUGCCGGCGAGCGCAUCGAGCUUGAGCGGGCCUUCAGUGGGGCGACCGUUCACGACAUGUUCAACAUGCUUAGCGUCGCUGUCCUGUUGCCGGAGGAGGCUUUUCAGCUUGAAUCAGUUUGA